AUGGCUACCUACGCUUUGUCCGAGUCUCACAAGGAUUUGAUGCAAGUGCAUCUUGCGGAGUUUGAUCCUGAGAUUGCUGAGAUCAUUAAAAAAGAAAUCCAACGUCAACGCGAGUCCAUCCUUCUCAUCGCCUCUGAGAAUGUCACAUCUCGUGCUGUCUUCGACGCUCUGGGCACCCCAAUGUCCAACAAAUACUCCGAGGGCUACCCCGGUGCCCGUUAUUACGGUGGCAACCAGCACAUCGACGCCAUUGAGUUGACCUGCCAGGCUCGUGCCUUGAAGGUCUUCAACCUGGAUUCCGAGAAAUGGGGUGUCAAUGUCCAGACUCUCUCUGGCAGCCCUGCCAACCUGCAGGUUUACCAGGCUCUCAUGAAGCCUCAUGAGCGCCUGAUGGGUCUGGACCUCCCCCAUGGAGGUCACUUGAGUCACGGAUACCAGACUCCCCAGCGAAAGAUUUCUGCUGUCUCGACCUAUUUCGAGACUUUCCCUUACCGUGUCAACGCCGAGACUGGCAUCAUUGACUACGACACCUUGGAGGCCAACGCCCAACUGUACCGCCCCAAGAUCCUCGUCGCCGGUACCUCGGCUUACUGCCGUCUCAUUGACUACGCUCGCAUGCGCAAGAUUGCCGACUCCGUGGGCGCCUACUUGGUUGUCGACAUGGCUCACAUCUCCGGCUUGAUCGCUGCUGGUGUCAUCCCCUCUCCCUUCGAGUACGCUGACGUCGUCACCACCACCACCCAUAAGUCCCUCCGUGGACCUCGUGGUGCCAUGAUCUUCUUCCGCAAGGGCGUCCGCAGCACCGACCCCAAGACCGGAAAGGAGAUCCUGUACGAUCUUGAGGGGCCCAUCAACUUUUCCGUCUUCCCCGGCCACCAGGGCGGUCCCCACAACCACACCAUCACCGCUUUGGCCGUCGCUCUCAAGCAGGCUGCUACCCCCGAGUUCCGCGAAUACCAGGAGCAAGUCAUCAAGAACGCCAAGGCUGCUGAAAUCGCCUUCAAGGAAUACGGAUACAAGCUCGUCGCCGACGGCACCGACAGCCACAUGGUGUUGAUCGAUCUGCGACCACAGGGCGUCGAUGGAGCCCGUAUCGAGGCUGUCUUGGAGCAGAUCAACAUCGCCUGCAACAAGAACGCCGUGCCCGGCGACAAAUCCGCGCUCAGCCCCGGCGGUAUCCGUGUCGGUGCCCCUGCUAUGACCACCCGUGGUCUCGGCGAGGCAGACUUCAAGCGCGUCGUUGGCUACAUUGACCAGGCCGUUAAGCUGGCCAAGAGCACACAGGCUUCGCUACCAAAAGAGGCUAACAAGCUCAAGGACUUCAAGGCCAAGGUUGCCUCUGAUUCCAUCCCUGAGAUUCUUAGCCUGCGUCAGGAGAUUGCUGCAUGGGCCAGCACUUUCCCUCUGCCAGUCUAA